CACCACAGUAUUUUCCUAACUUCAUAAUUCCCCUCAUCUCUCUCUCUCUCUCUAGCUUUCUCUCUCUUCUGCACCUGAGGGAAUCAAUCAGAUCAUCGUUUCCUAGAUUUUCCCACUCUUUCCAGCACUCUAUCGACCCCAUUUUCUCGCUCUCAGACAAACGCGCACGCAGACUCACUUCGAGCUCCGGGUCCUAUCGAUAUCGAUCACCAGGUUCUUCGAUCGAUUUUCUUUCCACAACCUAGCCGCUACUCUUCUCGCACACUCCAUUUUAUCUCGCAGCCCUCCCUGCACGAACCGUACUCAGUUCGAAGUAGCGGUACGGUUAGUGCAGCUGGUUACGGAGACGUAACUGAACGAACUGGAGCGGAACUGAGUGUGUAUGAAUGCUUGAUUCGAGGCUUGAUGAGGUUUUAGGGCUGAGUGGGUGUGUGAAUUUGGGGGUGAGUGGGGGAGGGAAGGUGUGGUUGGAUGAAAUUGAUGAAUGGAAAGCUUUGGUUUUGAGAAUGGGUGAGUCAAAGACUGGCAGCGGUGUUUAGUUUUCGUUUUUAGGGUGAUGUCGCAGACGGAUAGGAUGGCUUCGGAUCUUAGCAGGACUGGCCCCGUCGAAAGGGAUAUCGAGCAGGCCAUUACUGCUCUCAAGAAAGGGGCAUACUUGCUGAAGUAUGGAAGGAGGGGGAAGCCCAAGUUUUGUCCAUUCCGGCUUUCCAAUGAUGAGUCCGUCCUAAUAUGGUUCUCGGGGAAAGAGGAGAAGCACCUGAAACUAAGCCAUGUGUCUAGAAUAAUUUCUGGACAACGCACUCCAAUAUUUCAAAGGUAUCCACAGCCUGAGAAGGAGUGUCAAUCAUUUUCGCUCAUAUAUAAUGACAGAUCACUGGAUUUGAUUUGCAAGGAUAAAGAUGACGCUGAGGUAUGGUUUAGGGGUUUAAAAGCAUUAAUCUCACGUUGCCAUCACCGUAAAUGGAGAACAGAAUCAAGGAGUGAUGGAGUUCCUUCCGAAGUAAAUAGUCCUAGAACAUACACACAAAGAAGUUCUCCUCUGAACUCUCCAUUUGGUAGUAAUGAGAGCUUGCAGAAGGAUAUUGGAGAUCACCUUCGCCUUCAUAGUCCAUAUGAAAGUCCCCCGAAGAAUGGCUUUGAUAAAGCAUUAUCAGAUGUGAUAUUGUAUGCUGUUCCCCCCAAAGGUUUCUUCCCUUCAGAUUCUGCUAGUGCUUCUGUCCAUUCUGUGUCAUCAGGAGGCUCAGAUAGUGUACAUGGUCACAUGAAGGCAAUGGCGAUGGAUGCUUUUAGAGUUAGUCUAUCAAGUGCUGUUAGCUCAUCAAGCCAAGGUUCUGGUCAUGAUGAUGGUGAUGCCCUGGGUGAUGUUUUUAUUUGGGGCGAAGGCAUAGGGGAUGGUUUUCUGGGUGGUGGAACUCAUAGAGUUGGGUGUGGCUCUGGUGUCAAAAUGGAUUCUUUGUUGCCUAAAGCCUUAGAAUCUGCAGUAGUCCUUGAUGUCCAGAACAUUGCCUGUGGUGGACAGCAUGCUGCCUUAGUCACUAAGCAAGGAGAGAUUUUCUCCUGGGGGGAGGAAUCUGGAGGCAGGCUUGGGCAUGGAGUAGACUCUGAUGUUUUGCAACCAAAGCUAAUCGAUGCCCUUAGCAGUACGAACAUUGAGCUUGUAGCUUGCGGUGAGUACCAUACAUGUGCUGUAACACUUUCUGGUGAUCUGUACACAUGGGGUGAUGGAACUUUCAAUUUUGGUCUUCUUGGCCAUGGAAAUGAAGUGAGCCACUGGGUCCCAAAGAGAGUAACUGGGCCUUUGGAGGGCAUACAUGUCUCAUCAAUCUCUUGUGGACCCUGGCACACUGCUGUUGUAACAUCUGCAGGUCAAUUGUUUACUUUCGGAGAUGGCACAUUUGGUGUUCUUGGCCAUGGAGACCGGAAGAGUAUUUCAAUACCAAGGGAAGUGGAAUCCCUUAAGGGGCUCCGCACAGUCCGAGCAGCUUGUGGUGUUUGGCAUACUGCUGCAGUUGUAGAAGUCAUGGUUGGGAAUUCAAGUUCUAGCAACUGCUCUUCAGGAAAGCUGUUUACUUGGGGAGAUGGAGAUAAAGGUCGACUUGGGCAUGGUGAUAAGGAAGCCAAACUUGUGCCUACCUGUGUUGCUGCUCUUGUUGAACCCAAUUUUUGUCGAGUUGGGUGUGGACAUAGUAUAACUGUUGCCCUUACAACCUCUGGCCAUGUCUAUACAAUGGGCAGUCCUGUUUAUGGCCAGUUAGGGAAUCCCCAAGCUGAUGGGAAACUCCCUGCUCGUGUUGAAGGAAAGCUCUCCAAGAGUUUUGUGGAGGAGAUAGCUUGUGGUGCUUACCAUGUUGCGGUUUUAACUUCAAGAACUGAAGUCUAUACUUGGGGCAAGGGAGCAAAUGGUCGUUUAGGUCAUGGGGAUAUAGAUGAUAGAAAUUCCCCAACAUUAGUAGAAGCUCUGAGAGAUAAGCAAGUCAAAGGUAUUACCUGUGGUACUCAUUUUACAGCAGCUAUAUGCCUUCACAAGUGGGUCUCCGGAGUUGACCAGUCUAUGUGUUCUGGCUGUCGCCUGCCAUUUAACUUUAAAAGAAAACGUCACAAUUGUUACAAUUGUGGACUUGUUUUUUGUCAUUCAUGCAGCAGCAAGAAGUCUCUCAAGGCUUCUAUGGCACCAAAUCCCAACAAACCCUAUCGCGUUUGUGAUAAUUGUUUCAGUAAACUAAGGAAAGCUAUUGAAAGUGAUGGUUCUUCUCAUUCUUCAGUGAGCAGAAGAGGAAGUAUCAAUCAAGGUUCACUUGAGUUCAUUGAGAAAGAUGAGAAAUUGGAUUCCAGAUCUCGUGGACAACUUGCUAGAUUGUCUUCAAUGGAGUCCUUGAAGCAGGUGGAAAGCCGAUCUUCUAAGAAAAACAAGAAACUAGAAUUUAACAGCAGUCGGGUCUCACCUAUUCCAAAUGGAGGUUCCCAGUGGGGAGCACUUAAUAUUUCUAAAUCUUUUAAUCCAGUGUUCGGGUCGUCCAAAAAGUUUUUCUCAGCGUCUGUUCCUGGAUCAAGAAUUGUUUCUCGAGCAACAUCCCCGAUAUCAAGGCGGCCCAGCCCACCUCGUUCAACAACACCAACCCCGACUCUGGGUGGACUUACCUCACCAAAGAUUGUUGUGGAUGACACAAAAAGAACGAAUGAUAGCCUCAGCCAGGAGAUUGUUAAAUUAAGAUCACAGGUGGAAAAUCUCACUCGCAAAGCCCAACUUCAAGAAGUUGAGCUGGAAAGAACAACUAAACAACUAAAGGAAGCAAUAACAUAUGCAGGGGAGGAAACUGCAAAAUGCAAAGCAGCAAAGGAAGUCAUCAAGUCGCUUACUGCCCAGUUGAAAGACAUGGCUGAAAGGCUGCCUGUGGGAGCUGCUCGGAGCAUCAAAUCACCUUCUCUUGCUUCCUUUGGUUCCAGUCCCGCUUCCAAUGACGUUUCUAAUGCUUCUAUUGACCGAAUGAAUGGUCAAGCAGCAUUCCAAGAACAAGACUCAAUUGGAUCAAACAUCCAGCUGCUUAAUGGAUCAAGCACCAACAGUAAACUUAGUUUAGGUCCCAACAAACAAUCCCAUCCAGACCCAACAGCUAGAAAUGGAAGCAGAAUGAAAGAAAGUGAAUCUCGUCUUGACACUGAAUGGGUCGAGCAAGAUGAGGCUGGCGUGUAUAUUACACUUACAUCCCUACCAGGAGGUGCCAAGGAUCUUAAGCGUGUUCGCUUCAGUCGGAAGCGGUUUAGCGAGAAAGAAGCAGAACAGUGGUGGGCAGAGAACAGGGCGAGAGUAUAUGACCAAUACAAGGUACGCAUGAUUGACAAGUCAAGUAUUGGCGUGGGAAGCGAGGACUUGGCUCAUUAACAUUUGGUAAUUGUCAUCUGUAAAUGAAAUUAUCUUUUCCACAUUACAGCUUGACUUAUUGAGAGGUCAUACUAAUUGAUUAGAUUUGGCUACCAUCUGCUUUUGAAGUUUGAGGGAAGCAAGGUUUGGUAUAAGGAGAGAGUCAGAGGGGUUUGAAAAUCUGUUUUUGGUAUUUCCGCUAUUUUUUUUUUUUCCUAUGAUAUUUUUUCAACUUGAUUUUUACCUUCCAAUUUUUUCCCUAUAUGUGCCUUGUGUGGGGGUUGAGAGUGAGAAAUGUAAAUUUGUAGAAGGUUGCGGGCUCUUGUGGCUACCAUGUAAAUUUCAUAAACAAAAUAUCUGCAGGUAUUUUUCUCUCUACA